AUGUUGCAGCCCCGACUGCUGGCGCCUCUCCGGGCGCUGGAAAGGACAAUUGGCCCUGCAGCCCUCUCCAGGCAGCCCCUAACCCGCCAACCACUCCUCCGCACGCUGUCCGGCCCAUCUAUCCUCCCCAAAACGAUACCUUCCUUCCCCCGGGCAACAUCCCUUUUCCCUCUCUCCCAAGUGCGAUAUGCCUCGCACGCCGCACAGGGAGCCUCCAACAAACACUCGCGCGAUCCAGCAGGCAAGCGCCUCGGCGCGAAGCGCACGGGCGGCGAGUACGUCGUGCCGGGAUGCAUCAUCUUCCGACAACGCGGGACGAAAUGGUUCCCCGGCGAGAACUGCGGCGUCGGCCGAGACCAUACCAUCUUCGCCAAGCACGCCGGCUAUGUGCGGUACUACCGCGAUCCGCAAUUGCAUCCGGACCGCAGGUAUAUCGGGGUUGUGUUUGAGAAGGACGAGAAACUGCCUCACCCGCGCCACCUGCCUACCCGCCGCAAGCUGAAUAUGGUUGCUGUGCCGGCUCGACGGGACAGUGUCGCUGGGCAGUCGGAUCUGGAGGCCACCAUCGAUGAGACGGUUGGAACGCGCAUCACGAGCGUGCAGGCCGUGAACGCGGGCGAGGGUCCGCAGCUGCGCCCCGGUUACAUGUACCGUGAGGCGAAUUGGCAGAUUGGUCGUGCGGCGGAGAAGGCGGGAAUUGAGGCCGUGCCGUAUGACCGCAACAACCGGUGGCUGGCGUGGAGGAAGAGAAAGGCUCGUGCGGAGCGGGCGGCCCAGAUGAAGAGCUUGAAGGGCAAGAAGAAGGCGGGCAAGAAGGCCAAAUAA